AUGCAAAUCUUCGUCAAGACCUUGACCGGCAAGACCAUCACCCUCGAGGUUGAGUCUUCCGACACUAUCGACAAUGUCAAGUCCAAGAUUCAGGACAAGGAGGGAAUUCCUCCUGACCAGCAGCGAUUGAUUUUCGCUGGCAAGCAGCUUGAGGAUGGCCGAACCCUCUCUGAUUACAACAUCCAGAAGGAGUCCACCCUCCAUCUCGUCCUCCGCCUCCGUGGUGGUAUGCAGAUUUUCGUCAAGACCCUCACUGGCAAGACCAUCACUCUUGAGGUCGAGUCCUCCGAUACCAUCGACAACGUCAAGUCGAAGAUCCAGGACAAGGAGGGAAUUCCUCCUGACCAGCAGCGAUUGAUUUUCGCUGGCAAGCAGCUUGAGGAUGGCCGAACCCUCGCCGACUACAACAUCCAGAAGGAGUCUACCCUUCAUCUCGUCCUCCGCCUUCGUGGUGGUAUGCAAAUCUUCGUCAAGACUCUUACCGGAAAAACUAUCACAUUGGAAGUCGAGUCAUCUGACACCAUCGACAAUGUGAAGAGCAAGAUCCAGGACAAGGAGGGAAUUCCUCCCGACCAACAGCGACUUAUCUUCGCUGGCAAGCAACUGGAGGACGGACGAACCCUUUCUGACUACAACAUUCAGAAGGAGUCAACUCUGCACUUGGUUCUUCGUCUGCGUGGUGGUAUGCAGAUUUUCGUCAAGACUCUCACUGGAAAGACUAUCACCCUCGAGGUCGAAUCAAGUGACACUAUUGACAACGUGAAGAGCAAGAUUCAAGACAAGGAGGGUAUCCCCCCUGACCAGCAGCGUCUUAUCUUCGCUGGUAAGCAGCUGGAGGACGGUCGCACUUUGAGCGACUACAACAUCCAGAAGGAGUCUACCCUUCACCUUGUUCUCCGACUUCGUGGCGGUCAGUAA